AUGUUAACAACUCUAGCUCUCGCACCAUCGUGUGUAACCCAGACUUGGAUAAUUUCAGGGACCGGGGAUGCGGUUGGUCUCGUCCUCGGCAACCCACACGAUACAAGCUGCUGGCCCGGUAACCGAGAUAUUUCUACUACAAUCUCACCCGCAAUUUGCCCGGUUGGAUAUGUGAGCGCAUGCGAUGUCUCUUCGAAACGCGACGAUAGUGAGACAGUGUGGGCAUGUUGUCCAAGUGGGUUUACUUGCGACGACGGCUUCUACUCUUGCCUCUCGGGCAGGACGAACGGGGUGACGAAAACUUAUAUAGCUACCGACGUUGAUCGGCUCGGAAAUACCGUAACAACAACAGCUACAACAGCUGAUGGUAUAAACGCGCAUUCGAUCAGGGUUGCCUUCCAUUCAUCUGACCUCAUCAUCACGCCUUCAUCCACUCCCGGGGCAAUCUCGACUCCAACUUCAGCGGUAGAAAAUAAUAUAUCGGAUUCUGGGCAUUUAUCGGCUGGGGCUACCGCGGGUAUAGGUGUAGGAGUUGGCAUCGGUACCUUCCUCUUACUCUCAAGUAUUGCUUGGCUGGCGUGGAGACAAUGUAUAAAUCGGCGGCGAACGAUGGCUGGAUGGCAGGAAGCGCCUGAGCCGGAGUCAAAGUCUGCCCCAUAUUCGGCCCAAAUAUACUCGACAACGAGACCAAUCGAGAUGGAUUGUAUUUCAGGCGUACACGAACUUGACACAAGAGUGGCGGGCGAGCCACCGACUAAUCGGCCGUUUAGCAAUACAAAUACGUUAGCCGGAUGA